AUCUGUAACAGGAGCCGAUCGUCGAAUCUGCAACAUUGUAUCGGGGACGACCGGCCAAUCUGCAACAUUGUCUCCGAAAUAGAUCGUGGGCAAUUUGCGACAUUGUAUCUAAAAUUGGCGGUGGCAGUGAAGUGGGGCGGAGGGUUUGCAAUAUUCUGAGAGUGACUGAGGGGAGGUGAGAGGGGGGUGCGGAGGGAGAGAGAGAGGCGAAUCUGCAACAUCGUAUCUCGGAUUUGCAACCUUGUAAAUCUGUAACCAACGCGAAAUUUACAAGACGGCGCCUGAAAUUGCUAAGGAGGACUCCAGAUCUGCCGGCCUGCGUUUGACGAAGAGGGGGAGUGAAAUUUACAAAGACGGCGCCUGAAAUUGACAAGGAGUCCAGCGCUGCCGGCCUGAAAUCGAUGAAAAGGGGGUGAAAUUUUUACAAGCUGAAAUUGACAAGCAGUCCAGCGCUGCCGGCCUGAAAUCGAUGAAAAGGGGGUGAAAUUUUUACAAGCUGAAAUUGACAAGCCCUCUGUCCGCCCAGCUCGCUCGCCCUCCUUUGACACAUUUCUGAAGGAUCCCGCCUGCUUUGCAUUACAUUUGCUACUAAACGACUGAGAUUUUUUUAAAAAACCAUCGUGGAUAUUCCGCGCUGAGGCGUCUCGCCUGGAUUAGGGGGGAGAAGCAGUCACAGUCACGCACGCGAAAAUUAAUUUUUCAAAAGAAUUCCAGGAGCAAUGGACGAGAGCGUCGAGGAGGAGCAGACUGUUGUGAAACACGAACUCAAAAACGCUAACUUAACGGGACACACGGAGAAGGUGGGCAUGGAGAACUUCGAACUGCUCAAGGUGCUGGGGACGGGAGCCUACGGGAAGGUGUUCCUGGUGCGGAAGGUGAGCGGGCACGACGCGGGCAAGCUGUUCGCCAUGAAGGUGCUGAAGAAGGCGUCCAUCGUGCAGAAGGCCAAGACGAUGGAGCACACCAAGACGGAGAGGCACGUCCUGGAGCAGAUCCGCCAGUCGCCCUUCCUCGUCACCCUGCACUACGCCUUCCAGACGGACGCCAAACUCCACCUCAUCCUCGAUUAUGUGAGUGGGGGAGAGAUGUUCACCCAUCUGUACCAACGAGACCAUUUCUCUGAAGCAGAUGUUCGUAUCUACAUCGGAGAGAUUGUCCUCGCAUUGGAACACCUCCACAAGCUGGGAAUUGUUUACAGGGACGUGAAGCUGGAGAACAUCCUGCUGGACAGCGAGGGGCACGUGGUGCUGACCGACUUCGGCCUCAGCAAGGAGUUCGUCGGGAACGAGGCGGAGCGAACCUUCUCGUUCUGCGGGACAAUCGAGUACAUGGCACCGGAGAUAAUCAGGGGAAGCAGGUCAGGCCACGGGAUGUCAGUCGAUUGGUGGAGCCUGGGGAUCCUGAUGUUCGAGCUGCUGACGGGAGCGUCACCGUUCACCCUGGAGGGGGAGAAGAACAGCCAGGGGGAGGUGUCCAGACGGAUCCUGCAGGCUGACCCACCGCUGCCCCCGGAGGUGAGCUCGGUCUGCCGAGACCUGAUCCAGAAGCUGCUCAUCAAGGACCCAAAGAAGAGGCUGGGCUCUGGUCCCAAGGGCACCCUGGAGAUCAAACGGCAUCCCUUCUUCAGGGGCCUGAACUGGGAUGACCUGCUGGCCAAGAAGAUCCCAGCGCCCUUCAAACCCGUCAUCCGCAGCGAGAUGGACGUGGGCAACUUUGCCGAGGAGUUCACGGAGAUGGACCCCACCUACUCUCCGGCCAGCGUGCCCCACAGCGGCGACCGCAUCUUCCAGGGUUAUUCGUUUAUCGCCCCCUCGGUCCUGUUCGACCGCAACGCCGUGAUGUCCGAGCCCCUGGAGAUGCAGCUGAGAGCCGAGGGUCCCGACCCCAUGGCGGUUGCUCGGAGCGCCAUGAGCAAGGACUCUCCCUUCUUCCAGCACUACGAGCUGGACAUGAGGACGGAGCCACUGGGGACGGGCAGCUUCUCCAUCUGCCGCAAGUGUCGCAGCAAGUUGAAUGGCCAGGAGUUCGCCGUCAAGAUCGUCAGCAGGAGGAUGGAGGGACACAUUCAGCAGGAGAUCGGCGCCCUGAAGCUGUGCGAGGGUCACCCCAACAUCGUCAAACUCGCCGAGGUCUUCCAGGACCAGUUCCACACGUUCCUGGUGAUGGAGUUGCUGCGGGGAGGCGAGCUGCUCGAACGCAUCCGCCGCCGGAAGCACUUCAGCGAGCUGGAGGCCAGUCAGACCAUGAGGAGCCUGGUGUCGGCUGUCAGCCACAUGCACGAUGCUGGCGUGGUGCACCGCGACCUGAAGCCUGAGAACCUGCUGUUUGCCGAUGAGACAGACAACGCCCCGAUCAAAAUCAUCGACUUCGGUUUCGCUCGUGUCCGACAGCCCGACAGUCAGCCCCUGCAGACGCCCUGCUUCACCCUCGAGUACGCAGCACCCGAGCUUCUCAAACAAGACGGCUAUGACGAGUCCUGUGACCUCUGGAGCCUGGGGGUCAUCCUGUACACCAUGUUGUCGGGACAGGUCCCCUUCCAGAGCUCCCGGAAGGGAAUGUCAUCGACCAGCGCUGCUGAGAUUAUGCGGAAGAUCAAGGGCGGUGAUUUCUCCUUCCACGGAGAGGCGUGGAAGAACGUCUCGGAGGGGGCCAAGGACAUCGUGCGAGGCCUGCUGACGGUCGAGCCCUCCAAGAGGCUGAAGAUGUCGAACCUGCGGCGGAACGACUGGCUACAGAACGGGAGUCAGCUAUCCUCAGUGUCGCUGAUGACGCCAGACGUCCUGGGCUCCACGGGACCCUCCGUCAACACCUACUUCAAGGCCACCUUCCUGGCGUUCAACAAGUGCAAGCGGGAGGGCUUUCUGCUGAAGAGUGUGGACAACGCGCCGCUGGCCAAGCGCAGGAAGCUGAAGCUGAGCGCGGGCCCCGAGGCGCGGAGCUCCAGCGACAGUUCCUCCUCCUCCUCGUCCUCCUCCACGCAGCCCAACGCCGCCUCCCAGCGGGCCGGCAGGCACAAGCGGCCGGAGCCAGUCAGCCAGCCCUCCUAGCUGCCGGCAGCGGGCGGUGGGUUGGGGC